AUGCGGGCGCUACUUGGAAUGUCCAUUGUGAGGCACCACCGGGGUCAUCAGGGAUUGGUGGAGAGGGAGUAUGAAGCCCCAGGGUUGCUAAGGGAGGGCCCAGACCGAAGAAGGUUUGGUGGAAAGCAGAACCUUAGUCUCCCUCUAAUUGCUCCUAAGCCUCACGCUCCCUUGCCCCGCGUGUCCUGUUGCUUCCCUGAUCUUCUCCCGGAGGCUGUAAACCCUGGCACUCUGCUUGGGUAUGAGGUUCUUCCUGCCAUCCUGCCAUCAUUUGUUUUUUAUGUUUUGUCGCCAAAAGUGACCUUGAGGAACCCUGGGAGCUCAGGAAGGAAGGAGCGCCCAGAAGCAGGGACAGGGAGCUGGUUGGGGAGGACCAGAAAUCAGGUUAUCAAUACUCUGGCUGACCUUCGUCAUCAUGGGACUGACUUUGGUGGAAGUCUUUGGUUACUUAUCAUUACUGUGUUUCUGAGAAGUUAUAAAUUUGCCAUCUCCCUCCGCACAAGUUACCUUUCUGUUAUCAAUACUCUGGCUGACCUUCGUCAUCGUGGGACUGACUUUGGUGGAAGUCUUUGGUUACUUAUCAUUACUGUGUUUCUGAGAAGUUAUAAAUUUGCCAUCUCCCUCCGCACAAGUUACCUUUCUGUUAUCAAUACUCUGGCUGACCUUCGUCAUCGUGGGACUGACUUUGGUGGAAGUCUUUGGUUACUUAUCAUUACUGUGUUUCUGAGAAGUUAUAAAUUUGCCAUCUCCCUCCGCACAAGUUACCUUUCUGUUAUCAAUACUCUGGCUGACCUUCGUCAUCGUGGGACUGACUUUGGUGGAAGUCUUUGGUUACUUAUCAUUACUGUGUUUCUGAGAAGUUAUAAAUUUGCCAUCUCCCUCCGCACAAGUUACCUUUCUGUUAUCAAUACUCUGGCUGACCUUCGUCAUCGUGGGACUGACUUUGGUGGAAGUCUUUGGUUACUUAUCAUUACUGUGUUUCUGAGAAGUUAUAAAUUUGCCAUCUCCCUCCGCACAAGUUACCUUUCUGUUAUCAAUACUCUGGCUGACCUUCGUCAUCGUGGGACUGACUUUGGUGGAAGUCUUUGGUUACUUAUCAUUACUGUGUUUCUGAGAAGUUAUAAAUUUGCCAUCUCCCUCCGCACAAGUUACCUUUCUGUUAUCAAUACUCUGGCUGACCUUCGUCAUCGUGGGACUGACUUUGGUGGAAGUCUUUGGUUACUUAUCAUUACUGUGUUUCUGAGAAGUUAUAAAUUUGCCAUCUCCCUCCGCACAAGUUACCUUUCUGUGUCUUUCCUGAAGACUAUCUUGCCGUCUCAAAAUGGACAUGAUGGAUCCACGGAUGUACAGCAGAGAGCCAGGAGGUCCAACCACCGUAGACAGGAAGGAAUUAAAAUUGUCCUGGAAGCCAUCUUUACUUUAUGGAGACAGGUGAAAACCAAAGUUCAAGCUAAAAUCCAUAAGACGAAGGUGACAACAAAAGUCAACCGUCAUGACAAAAUCAAUGGAAAGAGGAAGACCGCCAAAGAACAUCUGAGGAAACUAAGUAUGAAAGGACGUGAGCAUGCAGAAAAGGCGAGGCAGCUAUCAGAGGCAGAGGAAAAUGGGAAAUUGGAUAUGAAAGAAAUACAAACCUACAAGGAACUGUUUGAACGUGCGCAAGCGUUGCGGCGGCGGGCAGAGGACUACUACAAAUGCAAAAUCCCCCCUUCUGCAAGAAAGCCUCUUUGCAACUGGGUCAGAAUGGCGGCAGCGGAGUAUCGUCAUUCUUCAGGAUUGCCCUACCGGCCCUACCUCACAGCUGAAACUUUAAAAACCAGGAUGGGCCGCCAGCCACCUCCUCCAACUCAACAACGUUCUAUAAAGGAUAACUCCCUGAGCCUCAAGACACCUCCCGAGUGUCCGCUCCCUCCCCUUCCACCCUCAGCGGAUUAUAAUCUCAAGACACCUCCCGAGUGUCUCAUAACUCCGCUUCCACCCUGAGCGGAUGAUAAGAAACUAACAAAGAAUAAAUAAAUAAUAUAAAAAUAAAAUGAA